GAGGGGGAGACAGACUCUGGGCUGCUGCCGGUGCUGUGUGGGUUUCUUUACACUCCCUCGCUGCCUGCCCGCCUGGGAAAGUGGGUUACAGAGGGAAGGAGCUCAACUCAGACACUGGCAAAGGAGCAUCCAGCCACAGAUAGACCGGAGAACAGCUCCCUUUUGCAGUCUUCUCUUCAUCUUUUUUAGAGGGUUUUAUAUUCGUACUCUCUCUCUCUCUUUUUAAUUUUGUUCCUUUGACUUUUACCCCCAACCACCCUUGCUGGGGUUUUAUGAGUGCUUUGUUAAGUCUUAGAGGGAAAAGAGGCUGCGCGAGGGAGAGGGAAAGAGAGAGGCAAAGUGGAAAGGACCACAAACUGCCCGAGCUGGUCUGUCUUUGCUGUUGAUGAAAGCCCUCUGUUUGUAAGCCCCCCUCGGCUGAGCAGGGAGCACACGCACACCUUUCCAGAGUACACCAACCCGCACCGCGGCGUGGCCACCAUGGUGGGCAGAGUUCAGCCAGAUCGGAAACAGUUGCCGCUGGUCCUACUGAGAUUGCUCUGCCUUCUCCCCACAGGACUGCCUGUUCGCAGCGUGGAUUUUAAUCGAGGCACGGACAACAUCACCGUGAGGCAGGGGGACACGGCCAUCCUCAGGUGCGUUGUAGAAGAUAAGAACUCGAAGGUGGCCUGGUUGAACCGUUCUGGAAUCAUUUUCGCUGGCGAUGACAAGUGGUCUCUGGACCCCCGGGUUGAGCUGGAGAAACGCCAUUCUCUGGAAUACAGCCUUCGAAUCCAGAAGGUGGAUGUCUAUGAUGAGGGUUCCUAUACUUGCUCCGUUCAGACACAGCAUGAGCCCAAGACCUCCCAAGUUUACUUGAUCGUGCAAGUGCCACCAAAGAUCUCCAACAUUUCCUCGGAUGUCACUGUGAAUGAGGGCAGCAAUGUGACCCUGGUCUGCAUGGCCAAUGGCCGUCCUGAACCUGUUAUCACUUGGAGACACCUUACACCAACUGGAAGAGAAUUUGAAGGAGAAGAAGAAUAUCUGGAGAUCCUCGGCAUCACCAGGGAGCAGUCAGGCAAAUACGAGUGCAAAGCUGCCAAUGAGGUCUCCUCGGCAGAUGUCAAACAAGUCAAGGUCACUGUGAACUAUCCUCCCACUAUCACAGAAUCCAAGAGUAAUGAAGCCACCACAGGGCGACAAGCUUCACUCAAAUGUGAGGCCUCGGCAGUGCCUGCACCUGACUUUGAGUGGUACCGGGAUGACACCAGGAUAAACAGUGCCAAUGGCCUUGAGAUUAAGAGCACCGAGGGCCAGUCCUCUCUGACAGUGACCAACGUCACUGAGGAACACUAUGGCAACUAUACCUGCGUGGCUGCCAACAAGCUGGGGGUCACCAAUGCCAGCCUAGUCCUUUUCAAGCGUGUUUUACCCACAAUCCCCCACCCCAUUCAAGAAAUUUGCACCACCAUGCACUUCAAGCAAAAAGGACCUGGGUCGGUGAGAGGAAUAAACGGAUCCAUCAGUCUGGCCGUACCACUGUGGCUGCUGGCAGCAUCUCUGCUCUGCCUUCUCAGCAAAUGUUAAUAGAAUAAAAAUUUUAAAAUAAUUUUAAAAAACACAAAAAUGCAUCACACAGGAUACAGAGAGAGAGACAGAGAGAGAGAGAUGGGGGGAGACUUUAUUUCACAACUUUGUGUGUUUAUAAAUAAAGGGGGAAAUAAGAAAAGGAAGAAGAAAAUACAACAUUUAAAACAAUUUCAAAGUCCAUCAGUAAAUAUUUGAGUGUAUUUCAGGGUGGAAAGUUCUGCCAUGAUAUGUGUAUAUCUAAGCAAAUGUAUGCUCUGUGAAGACUACGUCUUACUAAGGACAUCCAGAUGUUUUAAAAAUAAGACAAGUGAAGAAGUACCCGAUGGACAUUAACCCCCCAUACACACUCUAUCCUUCCACCAUCUUUUUUCAUGCCUGAGGGAGAAAAAGGUCUUGCUUUUGGUGUGUAUAUUUCCCUCAUCUUUUCAUUGUUUUUCAUUUGAGCUGACUCAUAACCAUUUCAGACUAUCAAUGAAAUCCAAGGCUUUUCUGCCUACACUCUCCCCAACUCUUAAGGUCACCUCCCCCCCUUCAGUGUGUUCUCUCUCUACACACCCACCCCAGAUACCCCCUUCCAGUCCCCACCUGCCGCGCCACCCCCUCCACUCCGCCACCCUGAGCACUAGUCACGCCGCAAAUGCUAGGAAGUGCCGUUUUAAUUUCCCCGCUGCGCGUGCGUGCUCACGUCUUUCGCUCUCACGUGGGUGUACAUGUGUGUGAGCGUGUGUGUCCCUCUAAAGCAUGCCAAGGGAAUGGUCCAUGUGUACAUAGACUUCGUGCUGUAGAUACUGUCCUGCAUUGUAAUUGUGAGGCGCAGCUGUGACAGGUCGCUGGGGGACGUGGUGCAGAGGUGAGGAGCGGAGGCCCGUCCCACCCAUGGCUGUCACGUGACAUGAGUGCAUAUUCGAACCCAGCUGUGCCCCCUCUAAGGGCGGAACCUCAUAUUUCUCCUAGUCCAAUCAUCAGAACCCAGUCGAGAGUCACUCAGAAUAUCACUGUAAAUGAAAGUGCCUACUAUUGAUGGGGUGAGCAAACAGUAGAGAAAUCAGUGACGUGGAUGAGGCGACUUAGGAGAGAAGGUUUCUGAUUUCACUCUUGUUCCAUGAGUCUGAGGGAUUCAUAGAUUUGCUGGCUCACUGCAGGCUGGGUCCUGUUCUGCUGCAGGGGUGAGUAGCAUGUGCUGAGUAAAUCCCCAGAUGCAGGAAGGUCUCCCAGUGUUAACUCCCAAUGAAAGGAUAAGGAGCCACGUGGAAAUAUAAGCAGCCCUGUUUUGCCCCCUCCCUCAUCUUCAAGUAACACUGCAUUUGCCCCAUGGAUUCCCCUGAGCAGAGAUUAUUUCCUAUUUCAGAUAAAAUGCAAUGAGAGUGAGCAGAGCAGGAGAAGUGGAUAGAUGCUCAGAUCCUUACUCGUGUUUUAGAGAUAGUGGACAGAGCUCUAAUAAAAAGCACUGACCAUGACUACAAGGAAUACACUCCUGUGCUCCUCUGCAGAUUUUUGUCCUGGUGUUCUAGGCUGGUACAUUAUUUGGUUGUCCACAUUAUCUCCCGUCUGUUCCAAUGAUAGUGUUUGCAGUACCAUUGUCCAUAGUCGUCCGUCAUCAUUCUAGGCCAGGCCACUAGACAUGGAGUUAUAUUCCAAUUUCCCUGAUAACUUUUGGUUUCUAGUCUCCUGAAAAAGAUACAUUGGGGGUAUGCUGUUUAAGUCUACAUCAAAAAGUAUCAUCUUGCCAUUAACACUGAAAUGUGAGUUAGUGAGUCUUAACCAAAAGAGCUGGGAAACAUGUAAUAAUUUAUACAGAAGUUGUAUGCCUACCACAAAACUUGGCAUCAUCACAACAACAGAAGGAUUUUCUCAGGAAAGACCCUGCAAAGAGAGCUGGCUCUAUGUGCUUAGAUAGCUUUGUCAUAAAACCAACACUAUAGGAGACAUUGGAAGUGAUUCAGUUUACCAAAAGACAGACAAUAAUUAUCAAGGUCAUAAUUGGAAGUGUUUUAGCAGAGCCAAAUAUGGUACUUCACCAAGUUUUGAAACCUAAAAAAUAGCUGGCAUGUGCUAUAAAACAGGAAAUUUCAUAACUGCAAAUAAAAACAAGGAGAGGAAGAAAGGAAAGCAGGGAGGGAAAGCAGGAAGAAGGAAGGAAGGAAAAUUUCUCUUGACAGAUUUUAAUUCAAGGUUCUUUGCAAUGAAUCUGACCAUAAUCUCCUUGAUAAGCAGCAUUUAAUGUCUUCUAAGAGAUUCUAUUGUUUUUUUUAGAAGCUUAUCACCAGUUUUCUUUUAUGAUUUUGUAGUUUAGACAUAAAAUGGAAGAACAAAUUGAGCUUGGGGUUCAUUAAGAGCAUUUAUGGCAAACCCUGCAGUAGAUAGGAAGUUACUAAAACACAGGGAAUGUUGGCCAUAUUCCUAUUCAGUGUCAACUUACUGACAAUCAGAUUUCUCUAAUAAGUUGGUCUUCUUAGUGCAGGAUUAAAAGUUUGUCAUCCUUGAUGAUAAAUGUUCCCCACAUAUAUGAAGAGCCAGCCACAUCCUUAAGUAGAAGCUUUAGAAGAACACAUGCUAAUUUAAAGAUAUAUAAGGAAAGUAAAAGGAGUUAAUUCAGUUUAGUAUCAGUUUCAGGAACAGAUCUUGGGGGCAUGUCACAGAUUUUAAUCAUACACCUAGAUUUCUUAUUGUCCCUACCCUGUCAUAAGGACAAGGUCUUGAUUUUAUGGAAGGAAAUUCUCCAUUGAAAGGAAUGUCUUUGCCUUGUCAGUACCAUUUGUUCCCUGAGUUUUAAUAUAAUGGAUCAUAUAUUAAACAUAAUCAAACAUUUAUUGAAUAGUGUGGUUUUUGCAUGUAUCUCUGGCAGGCUCUGGGAAUUUUAAAGUCAUCCCGGCUCCUGUUUCAGAGCAAACAUCAACCCCAGUAAUCUUACAGGUUUGAGAAUGUCUCUAGGCAAUGUGAAGAAUGGAGAAAGGUCAGAAAAAAGGUAGAAGCUGCAGGACUGUCACCAAGAAAUUGAGUCUGAACAUGGGACUUCUUGGAAUUUAGUUCACUAGUCCAUCAUAUGGCUAUAAAUCCCCUCAAGAAUCUUGUCCACUGGUAAUCCAAGCUUAAACUCAACUGAAAAGAACCCAGAGGUUAGAAGCAAUCCACUGAGAAGAGUAAGUGAAGUGCACAGUUAAUCUGUAUAGCUAAUAUGUUUAGUGUUCUUUGUAUGCAAAAGAAACAUCAUUAUAAAACAUAAUCCUUAGACUCAAUUUCCAGUUAUAAAAGAAGAAAUAACCUUGACCCAGGGCACUUUCUGAACUAUGAGAACUAAUCUUAGGUUUUACAACUGCAGAAUGAUAUAUUCUGCAUAAUUGUUCAUCAGAAGCUAUUUGUCUUACUUUUUUUGAGACAUAAUAUCCUUCUGCCCCAAAAGAACUGAGUUUUAUGGGAAAGUCAUUGAGUUUUCUAAUGGAAAGAACUGUCCCAUUGACCUUCACCUUCUCUCCCAAGUUCAGGCAGACAUCUCCCUUGUUAUGGGCAUUUUUUAACUACAUAUUUAGACAACUGGGGUUAUUCAUAGAGACCUUGUAAAAGUACUCGUGAUUUUCAUGUUCUUGGGGGACAGAAACAAAAGUCUGUUUCUCCUCCAAAAAUGGACUUACCUCCUUUGCACACAAAAACUAGACUCCUCAGCGUGAAAGUGUAUCUGAGUUAUCACCUACCAAGUUGUUAGCUUCUCAACUGCUCCAGAGUCACAGUUUCUGUCCCCUGGUUCAUUGUGGUUUGACUGUUUCUAUUGGCUUGUCUCCCAUUUCUCAUUUUGGUUUUCAUAGGCCUUGAAUUAUUUGUGGAAAAAUAAUAUAUGUGUGUAUGUAUUAUUUUUUAUCUUUACAGAUGCUAUAUUUACAAUAUUAUGUGUAUUAGAAGACAAAUCUAGAAUAAUUGUUUAAACCUAAAAGGAAGAAGAGUACUGAAUUUGCUUUAAAAAAAGGAGCUAUGCUUCAUUUAGGAAGUCAUGGAGCCCCAUUUUUCCCAUUUUGUUAUUAUUUAUUUAAAAGGAAUUUGUUUAUGGACCAUAUUCCAUGGGAUUAUUUUUCACUUUGCCUUCAAAGCCUUUUAACUUAAAUUUAGUCUUGGUUCUUAAUUACUAUCAUUUUUAUAGAAAUACAAAUGUAAUGCAAUAUCUGACCUAUAAAAACUAUUAUUUUGAGACAAAAGUUAAAUAUACCACAAAAUAAUGAGAUAAGACCCUGAGUUAAGAAAUUCAAAUCAAUUUAGAAAGCCUCUUUUCUUAAGUUUUUAAAAUAUUUCUCCUACAAAAACUGUAUUUGCCCCAGUGAUGUGAAUUUUGCACUGUUGUUGGCAUAGAUAUGUAAACAUCUCCCUAAAUGCAAAAUGGAGUUUACAUUUAUGUGCGUACUAGUGGAAGAAAAGUAAACUGUUCUCAUUUGCAUGUAGCUUUGUUGUCAAAUGUGGCCAACUGAAAUUCAGGAAGGAAUUCUUCACCCAGCAAGGGCCAUUACUUGCCUCCUGGCCAGGAAGCUGGUGUUCACAUUAGGACUAGGGUUAAUAUUAUACUAGUGCAAAUGUUUAUGGAUAUUAUGAAAAACUUAUUUUAAAAUCUUGAUUUCCUUUCAGCGUAUUUACAUUCUGUGUGCUGAUUAAUAAAUUAGGCACCAAUCAUGUGUAAAUCAAUGUAAAUCACUAGUUUAUGUACAUAAUAUAAACUAUGUAAACUUCAGUGUUCAGGCAGGGCCCAAGUGCAGUUAAACCUGUGAAUCUUAAAGGAAAAAUAGAUUAAAAUAAAUAAAAGCCAAAGCUUUUCACAGUCAGGGGAAGAAGUAUGACUAAUGGCCCAAAUGCAAGGUUGCCCCAGAAAAAGGAAGCGGACCCACAGGAAGUGUUAGAGGUUCCUAACCUGCUCAAGGCAGAGGAAGUCACCUUUGUCCCUUCAGGACCUAAGUAGAGUUUCUCCCAGCUGCGUCCACAGUAGCCUCACCUGACCCCCAAAGCAAAGGAAAUGACAUGAUGAUAUAAGGAGGAAGGAAUUUUAAAGGUUUGUGUGUCUGGUGCAUCAACUCCCAAAUGUCUUCUUGUUGCUUUUUACUCACCAUCUAAGAUGUCUUAUUGAAAUAGCUCCAAGGAAGUCAACUACACUUUGAUGAACAAAAUAUUGCUCAGUUUUUGUUUUCCAUCUACCAAAGACACUGGGAAAUCUUUGUCAUCUUAAUCAUAAAAUAAUGUGGGAUAUAAGAAAUAUGGUAUAUCUUUGAGAAAUAUCCUGCUAAAGCCCCCUACAAAAUUACUACUUUUACUUAAUCCAGUAUACCUGUAUGUCUACAUAUCUAUUCUGAAUAUUGCAAAUGAGAACAAAAUCAUUUCAAUUGGGAGUAUGUCUCUCAGACACUUUCUCUUGGAGUCUUUUUGAAAUGUCUGAUGUGUUUAACAGACAUAUCUAAUUUUUCUAGAAUCUAAACAACUGAUACCUAAAGAGUCAUCAAAGAGACGACUACAUGAAUUUUCUGAAAAGACUGUAUUAGAAAGAAAUUUAGGUCAAAUUAAUAAUCCAUUUAAAAUGCACUCCCCUACUCAAGAUAAAUGACAACUUUAAAGUGGGGUGAAAGUGUACUGAACUGAAGGUCAGGACAAUUUGGUUUUAGCCCUGGGUCAGCCACAAACAAGCUGUAUGACCUUAAGCAUGUCAUUUAAACUUCCUGACUUCUUGGUUUUCUCAUGCUGAAAGUGAGGAAUGUGAGUGGCAUCUCUAAAACCUCUGGCAAAUCUCAACUCUCUGAUUCCAAACAAGAAUCUAAUACCAUGUAGUGCUGUGCCCAGCUAAUCAUUCCAAGUAGUUGCUUGUCAUCUCUAGUUUGGUCUCUGGACUAUCCAUACUUUUCAGAUCCAUCAUUCCAUCAUCUCCAUCUCAAAAGCCAAAACUUCCUUGAAUGUAGGAUCCCUGGACCAGUUCUACAAUUUUCUUCUGAUCAAAACUUCUUAGCAAUGUUGAGAAGGGACGUGUUCAGACUAAACUGAAGGCAGUGAAGUAGCUAGAGUUGUUUAUUGAUAAUAAAAUCUAACUGUUGAGCUAUAUUCUAAUAAGCUUUCACAGGAAGAAAAAUAACCAGAUUGGGUAUUAUGCAUGUAACAAGUGAGGAAGUUGUGCAUAUGAAAGGAAACAUCAGUUUUUGCUCAUCCUGGGCCAAGUGUCUCACUUCAGUAAACGUAUGUCCUUGAAAACAUGUUGCUUGUGCUGGUGACAAUAAGCAUGUAGUCCCAGGCAAGUUCAAAAGGCAGUUCCCUGAGAAUACGGCAAGAUUAUGUAUCAUUUUGGAAGGAAUUUCUUAUGGCAUAAGUUUCUCUAAACUUGACUUACAGUCUAUGAAGUCAAGUAAGUGCAGAGAGAGAGAGAAAAACAUGUCAAUACCAUGUAGAGAAUUAAAGUUGAAAAUAGGACAAAAAUAAACACAUUUUAGGAGGUCACAGAUCUAAAUAUAGUAAGAGUUGUUGUGAAGGCCAAAAACCAAAUGUGAAAGUUCAGUUCUCUGAGAAGAGGGUAAGCAGGAAGGCUGGUUUCUCAGUGGUUAAUUAGGAAUUACUUUCUUGUGCCAUGUUCUGGACAGAUUAAGUACAGACCCACUUGUCUUGCCCCAUCCCAGUAUAGCCCCACACUGCCCUAGAGGCUCAGUUUAGCAUCUGUCCAAUGGUAGUUUUCCAUGCAUUGCCUAAGAGAACAGAAAGAAUCAGAGUCUCCUGUGCACCAGAGCAGGGAUUACACAUAACUUCCCAGCAUUACUAUCACUUUAUGUAUAUAAGGAAAUGCAAUGUACUUAGAAUACUUACAAAGCUCCCCUAAGUGGGAGAAUGACCUGCCCACCGGACAACACCUCAUUUCCAUAGAUAUUUCAGAGGUGCCACAUUUUGAGUGGUGCUCCUGGAUCUGCUCCUUCAGCUAUGUUCUUCUCUGCACAAGCCCUCUUUAUGUAAAGCCAGGCACAGAGUUAAAAUCUGCUUCUUGCAAAUGAAAACACCUGAACUACUAGCUUCAUGGCACGCGGCAGUAAUUCUAAGCUAUUUGGAACCUUUUAAACCCACUUCCCUAAGUCUUUGCUCUUCACCAGACAAUAUAAAUGGUUCAUCCUGGUGAGUUAUGGCCCACGUUCUGCAACCUAAAUAUUUACUGGGAGUGGGAGAAGGUUAAAGGGAGGAAAUUACAGGGGGAAAGAAGCAUGGGAGAAAACCUCCAACUCCCUCCCGCUGUCCCCAGUGCUUCACCCCUUCCUUCUCACUGCUGUACUGAAUGGUGUAUAAAUCCUGCUCUUGGUUAGAAUUCUCCUUAUUAACAGUGUUAUAUACAUAUAAAUAUAUAUAAAUAUAUAAAUAUAUUCCUUUUUUCAGCCCUGUAGACAUCAACAGAAUUUUCCUUGAUAUAAACACAUGGCCAUUUUUUGUGGGGGGUUUUUUGUUGAUUUUGGUUGUUCAAGGUUUUUAAUUUUUGUUUAUUGGGUGAUUUUUUCCUCCUGGAUACUAGCUCUGUGAAGAAACAAAAAAGCGCAGUGUGUGUAAAAAAAUUAAAAUUAAAAAAGCUUUUUUCCUUUUCUUUUUCAGUGUAUUUAAAUUCUGUUUCUCUCUUCUGUUACUUUACACGUAUGAAUGCUCUGCUCUUCUGUGAUCUUAAAACAAAAUGAAAUAAAUGUGAAAAGGAGAUGUGUCUUCA